UUUUGGUCAAAAAAUUUAGGAGUUUUAAAACUAGAACUUCCUCUUCUUGCUUGAGAAUGGCGAAAAGUAGAGAUGCGAAUUGUUUGGGUUCAAUGGAGGAAGUUCGCAAAGUGUUCAACAAGUUCGACAAGAACGGCGACGGAAGGAUCUCCUCCGACGAGCUUAAGGACAUUCUUCAUGCGCUCGGCUCCAAGACUUCGCCGGAGGAGGUCCGACGUGUAAUGCAAGAGAUUGAUAAGGAUGGUGAUGGCUACAUUGACUUCGACGAGUUCGUAGCGUUUCACACGGGAGGCGCUUCAGCUAGUGGUGAUGGUUCGAAGGAGUUGAAGGACGCGUUUGAUCUGUUUGAUGUUGACAAGAACGGUUUGAUAUCAGUUAGUGAGUUGCAUUCGGUGUUGAGGAAACUUGGAGAGAAGUGUUCGAAGAAUGAUUGCGAGAAGAUGAUCAAAAAGGUAGAUGCCGACGGCGAUGGCCAUGUUAACUUUGAAGAGUUUAAGAAGAUGAUGACUCGUGCCUAACGGCCGAACAAGGUUAGAUCGAACGAAGGUAGCUUGCUACUUCUUUUAGGUUACAUUUCCAGAAAAAGCUGUUUGAAUCAAUCGUUCGCCAACAAAGCGUUAAAUAGAUCUGGCCUUUUAUCAUUGCACUAA